ACUGAUGCACAUGGGCACAAACCAGAGGAAAGUAACUGGACGGCGUGGAGGAGGAACACGAUCUAAUUUCUGAUGACUGGAUCGCUGUAGGUCAGCUGUGGUAAAGGCAGAAAUGCAUUUAAAAAAAUAAACAAAGCAAAAAUAUUAUCAGGAGCAGUUUUUCUGUUUGACUGAAACAUCAGAAUCCAGGAGAAAAAAAAAAGCUUCUGUUUUGUCUUCAGAAUGAAGAAGCUGAGUGUUUUCCUUUUGCUGCUGCUGCUCCUGAGGACGAGUUCGGCUUACAAUUAUCAAAACGUGGCCGUACAUGGCAAAGCAACUCAGUCCACCUGUUACGAACACGCUAAGGCAUUCGCCCACAACGCAAUUGAUGGAAACCUUAACUCUGAAUUUAUGGAGGGAUCAUGCACACACACAAAUAAAGAGACCAACCCCUGGUGGAGAGUGGACCUGCUUCAGUCCUACAUCAUCACCUCUGUCUCCAUCACCAACAGAGGAGACUGCUGUCGGCAAAGGCUCAAGGGGGUGGAGAUCCACAUAGGCAACUCUCUGAACAACAAUGGUUUAGGAAACCCAAAGGUUGGUACGAUUUCUCAAAUUCAUGCAGUCAAAUCCAUCACCGUGACUUUCACCGAUCGUGUAGAGGGACGGUACGUAACUCUGUCGCUUCCUGGUUCACAAAAGAUCCUCACAGUCUGCGAAGUGGAAGUCUAUGGCUACCCUGCUCCAACUGAGGAGAAUCUUGCACUCCAAGGAAAAGCCACACAAUCCUCUCUAUACGCAUUUGGCAAUGCAUUUAACGCCAUAGAUGGAAAUCGUAACAGCAAGUGGGAAGAUGCCUCUUGCACUCUCACACGAAAAUCAAUGAGCCCCUGGUGGCGGCUCGAUCUGCACAAAACACAUAAAGUGUUUUCUGUUAAUGUAGUAAAUCAAGAUUCUCUUCCAGAACGACUCAACGGAGCCGAGAUCCGAAUCGGAGAUUCUCUUGACAACAAUGGGAACAACAAUUCCAGGUGUGCUGUGAUCACAAGCAUCGCCGGAGGUGCUCUUGCUAAGUUCACGUGCAAUGGGAUGGAAGGCCGCUAUGUUAACAUUGUCAUUCCCGACAGAGAAGAAUUCCUAAGUCUAUGUGAGGUCGAAGUGUAUGGCUCUAGGCUGGAUUAGGAAAGGAAAAAAAAAAGAGCAAAACAUAGGGUGGUGUCAUCUUAAAUCACACGUUGUUGGUCACAUGAUCACAACACAUGGAGGUGAGAUCCAAUCAAAAACAUGUCUUAUGUCAAUCAAACAGUUAAUAUGAUAAAUCAUCUAUCGGUAGUACAUUAUAAACUUAAAUGGAAACUUAAAAGAACAAAAAAGUAAACUAGGAGUGAGAACCAAAUAACAAAUAGAAAGAUAUGCAUAAUGCCUCACCUGGUUCACAGGUAAAAUAGUUGAUGCAAUUAAUUAUGUACAAAUCACCUCUUGUAAUUUAGGGCUGCAACUAACGACUAUUUUGAUAGUCGAUUAGUGAUCAACUAUUGAAACGAUUAGCCGACUAAUCGGAUUAUAAAUCACAUCAUUAUGAAAUGGCACUUAUUUAGCUAUCAGCUUUUACAUUUUGCAUAAGGUUAUUUAAAAUGUGGUAGUAAACACAUACUUCAUUCAAAACUUUUAAUCGGGUUUGCUGCUGAUAUAACUUUA